AUGAAUGCUGCCUUGGAAGAUGUCAUCGAGCGGUCCUUCAUGAACGCCCGGCAUCAGGAGUCCGAAAUCUCUACCGCCAAGACAGUCGCUGACGCGCCAUCGUCGUCGAGAUUGGGGGGUACGAUACAGGCCGCGGUCGUCAAAGGCGACAACAAUCGCGAUGUUUGGCCAAUUGACCAAGCGCCAACAUCCAUUGGUCUGGCGACGACCGCGAUCGCCAGUGCACCGGUCUACACCACGUUCACUCCAGCCCAGCGCACAGCUUCCGACGCGCUAGUUAAGUUGAUCGCAUCGCAAGUUCCGUAUUCAACUCUCGAACUGGGUGUGAAAAUCACCGGCAGGCAGAAGAUACUCGAUGUUGAGAGUCAGAUCCUGCGAAAAGACGCCGCCAUCGUCGGCGCAUACAACAUUGUUCCUCUAGCCGGCGUAGUCGGCCAGUUUGAUGAGUGGACCAGACGUCUGGAAUGGCUGUGGGAUAUUUCCUGCUACAUGCUCCCAUCCGAGGCCGAUUGCGCUGCAAGCGAGGAGGCUAGGACUGCAAACGCGUGCACCGGGGCUAGCAUCAUUGAUAAAUUGCGUCAAGAGGCUCAGACCGGAUAUCCCGACAUUGAAGCCGCAGCGACCGAGCUCAUCAAGGUAGCCGAGACGGCGUGGCUGAAACAACUAUCAACGUGGGUCUUGUACGGACAUAUACCCGCAUAUGGCGGUAAGGAUUUCUUCGUUCAUACAGAUGAAGAUACAGCAGACAGCAUUCCAGAGUUCCAUGCCAACAGCAAGCUGCUUCCCAAAUUCAUCUCACCACAAGCAGCAAGUUCCGUCCUGUUCAUAGGCAAGUCUCUAAAUCAAAUUCGAUCCCAUCACAGAAACAUUGAGACUUCACACGAACGCUCGUCCACAGCAUCGGAGCUAGAACUCGUAACGGUCCAUCUGCAGUACCUGUCAGCACUGAGUUCCCCCAUUUCAUCUGCCAGCUUCUCGGAUGCAAUCUCCGCAAUUCGUGUGUCGUUAUCUCGAAACACACUUCAGCAGCUUCUUCCACUACCAAAGAUCCUGCAGAUCCUGACGCUGCUGAAGGAUUUCUUUUUGCUCGGACGCGGCGAGUUUGCGAUGGCUCUAAUCACGGAAGCGAACGAGCAACUCCGUUCACGGCAUAGCUCAAGUGGACAACCCAGACACCGACCUAACCAUAAUCUGCAAGGUCUACUCAUCAAGGAAGGGGAGGUCACAGCGGUUCUGAUGCGGACAUGGGCAGUUUUGUCAUCUUACACGGGAGAUGAAGAUAUCACCGACGACAUUUUGGACCUCGCGCGCGAUACAGUCCAUCUCUCCAUAUCCAAACCGGCUACCACACGUCCCGCGACCCCAGGGCGAGCCAGGGAAGAUCCUGUAUCACUCCCCGAAGUGGCAGGUGUUACCUUCAACGAUGUCCUCAUGGCUAUGCCCAUCACUCUGAACCUGGACAUACCCUCCCCCAUGGAUCUCUUCAUCAGUAGCUCAGAGUUGGAGGUUUACUCCACGAUACAUGCGUACCUCCUGGCGAUUCGCAGAGCACACUUCAGGUUGGCCGACCUUUGGCGGCACAGCAGCCUUCGCCGAAUUCACCCCGCGCCUCCAGGCCCAGCUCAUUGUGCUCUACCAGGUGGCCGAGAUGAACUCAGGAAACGGAGGCAGAGGGCCGAUACGCGCGCCUUAGCUCUGCGAAAGGUCUGGGCGACUUGCAGUGCUGCAAUUUUCCUCCUCGCCGAGACGGCAGGAUACUUCGAAGGAGAAGUCAUUCAAGUGUCAUGGAAACAUUUCCAUCGCUGGAUCACAGCGGCUCAGGCGACAGGUGGCUCGGCAUCAAGACCACAGACUUCGUCAUCCUUGAUUCACAGCACAAUAAGCACGAGACCGUUGUCCGCUGAGUCGUACAGGCCAAGCCAGCAUGGAACGCGUGGUGAAUCGGCUGAGCGAGCUGAGGAAACACCGCAUGAUCCCGAGGCGCUCGCGUCUGCUCACCGCAGGUUCCUGACGGCACUUGUGGGCUCACUGCUCUUAGCAGACAAUGACUGGGCCCGCACGUUACGGACUCUCCUGUCACAUGUUGAUGAGCUGGUCGCCUUCUUCACUCGUCUGCAGACCAUCCAGCAGAACCUUGAUCUCGAAGAAGAUGAAGGCUUGGUAGACGCUUUGACCAACCAUGCCGAGGAAGAGAGACAGGUAGCACUCGAGCUAGACCGCUCACGAAAGAGGAUAGACAGCGAUCUACAAUCGCUAGUGGCUCGUCUGAGGAUUAUUGAUACUGAGCGCCUGGGAUCUAGCGGCUUCCACGUCAAGCCGUCGUUGAGUGAAGACAGCUAUGAGCCGUGGAGAUGUGGCGGAGUUGAUCGCUUGCUGAUGAAGCUUGAUUUUGGCAGUUCGGUGGCAGAUGACAAUGAGGAUACAGACAAAGACUAA